AUGUAUGAGGUUGACCUAGGUCAAGAUGAUGAGGACGACAAUAGUGAGGCAGAAACCGCAAAGACAGAGAAGCAUAGGGGUAGAUCAAAGAAGUUGAACGACAACAGAAGGACAAAGGGUACAAUAGUAGAGGAGCCGGACAUUGUGUUGUCCAUUAGAGAAUGGUCUGAGUAUGAUGUUGAACAUUUAGAGUCUCAGUCUCCCUCAAUGUAUUCAAUCCCCCUGGUCAUCGACAUGAAUGGCGAGGUCCUCCAUGAGCUUUGGGACUCAGUCAAGUUUUUCAAGGACUUCUUCCUCCCAGAUCAAGCUGAUAUAGAAAGCAUUAAUGGACUUUGCCAUCACUAUUUGGUCUUUCCCCUCAGGAUCUGGUCCUUCCCGAUUAGUUUCAAAUAUCGCAAUGGUCUUUCCCCCUUGUGA